AUGGAGCCGCUGCUGCUGCUGGGCGGCUCCCUGGCCGCGUUCCGGCUGCUCAACGCCGGGCUGGAGCGCCUCGUCCCCCCGCCGCCGCCGGCGCAGCGCAACCGCUGGAAGUGGCGCAACGUCUGGACCUCCUUCGUGCACAGCCUGCUCAGCGGCCUCGGGGCGCUGCUCGGGCUCUACCUUCACCCGCAGAUGGCCGAGGAGAUGAUCGACACGCACUUGCCCGGGGCGCAUCGCCUAGUGGGGGUUUCCAUCGGGUAUUUCCUACAGGACUUCCUCGAUAUGGCGUUUAAUCAGAAGUUUUACCAGUGCUGGGAGCUACUGAGCCAUCACUCAGUGGUGAUUGUCUGUUUUGGCAUCGCCUUCCUGUACCACCGCUACAUCGGCCUGGUUAUGGUGGCCCUGCUGGUGGAGAUCAACUCUGUCUUCCUGCACCUGCGAACAAUCCUGCUCAUGGCCGGCUUGUCACACACUCCUUACUACCGCGUCAACAGCCUGGCCAACCUGGGCACCUACAUGGUGUUUCGCGUCAGCAUCCUCGCCUGGAUGACUCGCUGGCUUCUUCUCAACUGGGAGAUCAUCCCGCCGGCCACCUGUGCGGUGAAUGUGGUGGGCCUGGCCCUCAUAACCCCAAUGAACAUUGUGCUCUUCUACCGUCUGCUGCGCAACGAUUGCCUCAAGUCCAAGCAGUAG